AUGGCCGAUCCUCAAGCAAUGGAAAUCGAUACGGAUACCACCGAUCAGGAGAUUCUCCUCGCCGCUACCAACCAUGAUCUCGACUCCCUCCGCCGCCUUUUGCGCACCCCCAAGGGCUCAGCAAAUGUUGUCGACUCUGAUACUGGCAUGACUCCUCUCCACGCCGCCAUUGCUGCUUGCGAGGCCGACGAAGACACCGCUCAAGACAAGAUAGACAUGGAUGUCGACGAGGCCGCCACUCUCAAUGACACGGCUCUGGAGGAAGAGGAGGCUCUCAAGACUGUCAAGCUCCUUCUUGAAAACGGCGCUAUCUGGAACGAUCUGGACGACAACAACGAGACCCCCGGGUGCUUGGCUCUGCGCUUGGGUCUAAAAAAGUGCUAUGAGGCCAUGGUCGAGGCUGGUGUUCGUGCCGAGUUACUUCUCAGCCGUCUGGAUGGUUUCGAGAUGCUGGCACAAUACGAGGACGAUAGCGAAGAGGAAGAGGAGGAUGCUGAAGGCUUCGAGAUCAUUGAGAAUGAGAAUGGUGAUUCACUACAAGCUUCCAUGGUCGAAGUCGAUGAGAGCGCGCCCGAGCUCGUUGGUCCUGACGGCACCGUGCCUGGGGCCGAGAGUGUCCCCGAGCUUGUUCAAAUCGAUGAGAACGGCCAGGAGACCAAGGUUGAUGUCAACAGUGAAGACUACCUCGCAUCAGAGCUCACAUUCAAGGGCGACAGACUUCUGGACGCCGACAAGAACGGUGUCAUGAUGUCUUGGGAGACCGACAUCAUGCUAAAGACCGUCGAUCGUCUCUGCCCUGAACGUGGACUUCGCGUCCUCAACGUUGGUCAUGGUAUGGGUAUCAUUGAUGGCAUCUUCCAGGACAAGAAGGUUGCUGUCCAUCACAUCAUUGAAGCACAUCCCGAUGUCCUCGCCCGCAUGCGCAAGGACGGCUGGUACGAGAAGCCUGGCGUCAAGAUCCACGAAGGCAGAUGGCAAGACGUUGUUCCUCAGCUUGUUGAGGAGAACCAGGUCUUUGAUGGCAUCUACUUCGACACUUUUGCCGAGGAGUACAAGGCUUUGAAGGAGUUCUUUACUGAAUACGUCAUUGGUCUUCUUGAUCCUGAAGGUCGCUUCGGUUUCUUCAACGGUCUUGGUGCCGACAGACAGGUCUGCUACGACGUUUACACCAGAGUUGUCGAGAUGGACUUAUUUGAUGCCGGUAUGGACACCGAAUUCGAGGACAUUCACAUCCCCGAUCUCGACGAGCAGGGUGAGUGGGAAGGUGUCCGCCGUCGCUACUGGGCGUUGGACAACUACCGCAUGCCUACCUGCAAAUUCGUUGGUUGA